CACUGGUUCUGCCGGUCUUCGUCGGUCUGCUUUCCGAGCUGUGCUCCAACGAGAAAUUCAGCGCUAAAAAAAUUCACAAGGCACCGUUUGUGUUCAUUUCUUUUUCCUUAAGCAGUCGUUGGAACGGUCACCAAAUGCUGCGGCGGUCCUACCUGCUCUUGGCGCCUCAUCUCACUGGGGAUCUGCCUAAGAUGCCACAGUUUACGGUGCUGCGACAUUUGAUGAGACGUGGGAAGAAGGGCGACAAAAUUGACAACCCCGAUCUGAUCCCACCGGACACGAUCAGCAACAUCUUCACGAUCCUGGUUCCCCGAAAGGGCAUCGGGGUAGACUUCGCGUCGUUCCUGCAUCGCAUGCCGCUCUACUUCACCAAGGAAGCCCGCCGCGAAAGGCAGGAGAAGAAAACCUUGCAUCAGCGACUUUCGAACCAAAAGUUCUACGCCGAACGACACGGCAUCCUGGGCCCCGACCUGGCGGCGGCGUCGUUCCUGGUGUUCCGCGGUGCCGCCGUCAAGUUCCACGGCAAGGACGACUGGUACCGGAAGGCUGAAGACGGCUCGAUUGGCCUGCCCCAGUCUUACGAGGAAGGCUGGAGGGUGGAGGCCAUCGAUGCCUCCGAGGUGGAGCUGCUCUACGAGGGUCUCGACAACCUAACUAACCUUGAGGGUCUCAAGGCUCUGCGCCUGGGCGGAUGCGCCUUCGUGGACGACUGGUUCCUGGACCGGCUGAGUCAGUUCAAGGACAGCCUGGAACAGCUAGACCUCUCAGGGUGCCCACAGAUCACGCAUCGAGGGCUGUCUGCUCUCUACAGGCUCAGGAAUCUGAAGACGCUGACACUGCGUUACCUGUCUCACGUGGAACACCUCCAGUUGGUGGCUCUGAUGCUCGAAGACGCAAUCCCGGGCUUGGAAGUGAAGGGCGUCGACUUCUCCGUGCCGCCGCCGUCAACGGACAAUCGAGAAGAAGCGCAAGCGGAUGGUCUCGACGUCGGCACGCGUUCCUAGCUCUGGCACGCCCGCUAACUCAAAGUAGGAUUGUGUACUUGUAAAUAAAAAUUAAUUUUCGGGUCACGGC